AUGAAACUGUUCCUGUCGGUGGUUUUCCUCGGGGUCUUGGGGGUCGCCCUGGCCGGAUCCGAGGGGGAGAUCUCCUUUGAGUACCACCAGUACGAGGAGCUGCGGAAGGCACUGGUGUCCGUGUGGCUGCAGUGUCCCACCAUCACCCGCAUCUACACCAUCGGGGAGAGCUUCGAGGGCCGGGAGAUGCUGGUGCUGGAGAUGACCGACAACCCCGGGACGCACGAACCUGGCGAGCCCGAGUUCAAGUACAUCGCCAACAUGCACGGCAAUGAGGCGGUGGGCCGGGAGCUGCUCAUCUACCUGGCCCAGUACCUGUGCAACCAGUACCAGCAGGGCAACGAGACCAUCAUCGACCUCGUCCACAACACCCGGAUCCACCUCAUGCCCUCCAUGAACCCCGACGGCUUCGAAAAGGCCGCGUCACAGCCCGGAGAGAUCAAGGACUGGUUCGUGGGCCGCAGCAACGCCCAGGGCGUGGAUCUGAACCGGAACUUCCCCGAUCUGGACCGCAUCAUCUACGUCAACGAGAAGGAGGGCGGAGCCAAUAACCACCUGCUGCAGAACAUGAAGAAGGCUGUGGACGAAAACACCAAGCUGGCUCCAGAGUCCAAGGCAGUGAUCCACUGGAUCAUGGAUAUUCCUUUUGUCCUGUCGGCUAACCUGCACGGGGGAGACGUGGUGGCCAACUACCCAUAUGAUGAGACCCGUACUGGAUCCACUCACGAGUACAGCGCCAGUCCAGAUGAUGUGAUGUUCAAGUCUCUAGCCAGAGCCUACUCCAUAUACAACCCGGUGAUGUCCGACCAGCACCGAGCUCCGUGCCGCAAGACCGACGACGACACCAGCUUCAAAGAGGGCAUCACUAAUGGAGGGGCCUGGUACAGUGUGCCCGGAGGAAUGCAGGAUUUCAACUACCUCAGCAGCAACUGCUUCGAGAUCACUCUGGAGCUCAGCUGUGACAAGUUCCCCAGCGAGGACUCGCUGAAGCUCUACUGGGAGCAGAACCGCAACUCGCUCGUCAACUACAUCGAGCAGGUUCAUCGUGGUGUCAAGGGCUUUGUGCGUGACCACCAGGGUAACCCCAUCUCCAAUGCCACCAUCUCUGUGGAGGGUAUCGACCACGACCUCACAACAGCCAAAGAUGGAGAUUAUUGGCGUCUGCUGGCUCCAGGAAACUUCAAAGUUGCCGCCUCUGCUCCAGGAUACCUGACUGUCAUCAAGAAGGUGGCUGUUGCCUACAGCCCAGCAACCAGGGUGGACUUUGAGCUGGAGUCUCUGAUGGAGAGGAAGGAGGAGGAGCGGGAGGAGCUGAUGGACUGGUGGAAGAUGAUGUCAGAGACACUGAACUUCUGA